AUGCGUGUUGUAGGUACACGCGCCGGUGCCAAGAGCAAGAAAAGGGGAAAACAAGACGCAGCGGGUGCAACAGGACAUGGAGAAGAUGCAGACGACGAGGAGCAACAGCCAGAGAAAGGGCAUAAGCGUGAGGACGAGCGUGAGGGAGAGCGUGAGGGCAGGAGAGAGGGUGAGCGUGAGGGCAGGCGUGAGGGCAGGCGGGAGGGCAGGCGUGAUGGCAGGCGGGAGGGAGAGCGUGAGGCUGAGAGAGAGGGAGAGCGAGAAGGUGAGCGAGAGGGAGAGCGAGAGGGAGAGCGAGAGGGAGAGCGUGAAAGAGAGCGUGUUGUGAAGCGUGAGGGAGAGCGUGAUGUGCAGCAUGAGGGAGAGCGUGAUGUGCAGCACGAGGGAGAGCGUGAGGUGAAGCGUGAGGGAGAGCGUGAUAUGACGCGUGAUGAGUCUUCUCCCUCUACUCCAGCAGGUGCCUGUGCGGAUGAUGCACAGAAUGUUCGUGGUCAUGGGGAGGGUGGGAGGGAGAGACGUGGCGCAGAGUUAGAUGAUCAGAGAGGGGUGUCAGGGAGAGUGAAGGCACGGGCCAGAAAUGCUGGAAAGAAGGCCGUUGCAGAGGUGGAAUCUUCAGAUGAAGAUGAUAGUUCUGAGGAGGAAUCAGGGAGUUCCUCCGGGAGCGAGGAGAAGUAUGAUGAGGAGGAGGACGAGAGUGAUGACGCUGAAUCUGAGUCCGGGAGUGAUGACGACGGUAGGAGAGGGGGGAGGGCACGAGGAGCACGCAACCACCGCUAUAGUGGAAAGCGUGGUCAUGCAACCGGUGGUAAGGCCGGUAAUGGACGUAAACGGCAGAGACGUCGAGAGCGUGCUCAAGGAAAGCGCACAGAAUCUGAGGGACCCAAUCGGCAUCGUAAGGAGCGUCCUGUUGUGAGACAGGACCUUCGCUUCUACGAUGAGAUGAGGACCUUGGGUCACUCGGAAGAUGCUGGACCGUCGAAUCGUCGGGAGACCGUUCGGAUGAAACAGGCAGCAACCAACGAUCCGUAUGCUGCCCUUGCUUCUACCUCAGGAUUGGGAAAGAGGGCGUCUCGAUUUCAAGAUCGGAGCGUGCGUGAGAACGCUGGCCAGCAGCAUGACAACACGCUCAAUCCAGCCGGUGGUGGUGACGAUCUGGCCUGGGGUGGGGGGCUGGGAGCGAAUGAGGGUGAGGCGUGUGGUGUUGGAGAUUGGUUCAAUGAUGAAAGGAAAGUUGGACGCUCUGACCCAGCAACUCCCCUCCCGUUUGCAUCGGCAGGAGGCAAUUCCCCGCUCAACGCUAGCGGAGUGCCCAUCAUUCCUUCAAGCACCACUCCUAAUGAUUCCAUGCAGCAACUCUUUCAGGCUUUGCAGGAAGCUAAUAGGCAGAUCGCAGAGCUGAAGGCCGGUCGGGGACCUUUGGUGGACCGGGGGGGAAACGGGACGCAACUCCCGCCGCUUACCUCGAUCUCCAGCGAGCAACCUGAGCCGCCCGAAACGCCGGGCGCUGUGGCGGAGAGUGCUAUUCAAGGCACUCCAAUCACCAGGAGGCAUGGGAUGCCUAAUGCAACAAAUCUGAAGCUCUACAUGGAAGAAGCUCGGACGCGCAUGUGUAUGGAGGCUGAGGACCAUCUCAUCACGUUCUAUCCAAGCUUUGAGAAGGGCAUUCUUGUUUUGCACGAAGUUAUUUCCGAGCACUACGUGGUUCCCUUGAUCAUACUCAAGGAGGCCAUGGCAGAUAAAACGCGCAGGGAUGCAUUCAAGCGCGUGUACACUCAGUGGAAGAACGAGCGUGGGUUUUACGUCAAACGCACCGUGCUCGAGGGUUUGGGGGUUCCCAUGAGUGGCUUGCGGGCGGCGGAAAUUCACAUCGACACCGAGCUCAAGGAGGAACUCUGGGGGGAGUUUGGCCCGAGUGCGGACGCCCUACUGAGCACAUGGGGAAAUGCCGAGGAUAGUGAUCUCCCGUUCGGCAACGAGAUUUUCUUCAACGCGGCCAUGGACGCAUUUGGUGAAUUUGCCGUGGGGAACGACAUUUGCUUGAAGGCAUAUCACAUUGCAUGGACUAUCUUGGUGGUGAGUGACUUGUUAGGGCCCUUUAGCGUGUUUCUCUAG